CGACAUGAAACUCAAGGUGCAUGAGCAUUCAAUUGCUGCUUAGAAGAUGGAGUGGACAAGUGUGUGGGCGCCCCAAAAGCAGGAGCCCCUGCUGGCAGGGCGCGCUGCAUCCUGCGCGUGCGUCUAAGUCGAGCUGUGCAGAGAGAGAGUCCGCCAGACUGCGUGCAUCUUUAUGGAUUUAAGCAGACAGCAGCUCUCAGGCUUCCCUGCCAGUCUGCCAAUGCAUAUUCCAUCCGCUCCACUUCACGGCACGCUGUUGCUGAGGGAUCGAUAGGUAAAACAGCAGCCGCUGAACCCAUAUGAUUCGCUCGAGACGGCGACGCUCUGCCGCCCGGUCUCUCGUGCUGCUCCGACUCGUGCAAGCAUGCACGAGCAGCGGUAGACUGGAGAUGAUCUCCGUAUGGCUGCUCGUUUUGAAGCUGCUGAGAGCCACAGCUGGUGUGAAAAGACCAAAUGGGAAUGAACUAACGGAAGGUAGUAGAGACUCUUUAGACGAGCAACAAAAAGAGCAAGAAAACCUCCCGGAGGCCGUCUCCAUGGAGACCAAUCAGCUUCCAGAAACAGCUGAUGUACAAGACUAUAAAAUAGAUCUUGUGGAAAAAGAAGAGGACAAAUCCCACCAUGGCGCAGUUGAUAAAGAAUGUGUUAAUGAAAAUUUCUCUGAAUGCCUGGAUACUGAAAAGGGCAACUCCCCACUUGCGACUGGACAAGAAAGCAACAACAUAGCCAAUGAAUUUGAAGGCACAAAGGAAAGUGAUGGAAGCACAAACCAACAAGAGAAUGUGAUGAUAAAAGAGGCAGAGGUUGAAGAAUCAAAUUUCAUAGAAUCUGUAGAAAAUUCAGAGCCUGAACAAAGCCAGCUGGUUAAGGAGGAAGAAAACAACACCACAUCCUCUUUUGAUGCAAAGGAUUCAGAUCACCAAGAAGCACACGAAGCUGCAAAAAUAGAACCAGAAUCUGUGUUGGAACAGCAAAUCAAGCAGCUGGUUAUUUCUGAUGCCUCGAACGAAUCCUGCCAUGAGAAUGAUAGAGAUGACCUGAGUGACUGUGUGCAUGUGGAGAUGGCUAUUGUCUCAUCAGACAGUGAUGCUGAGGAGCAGUGGAAGACUAUGUUUUCUCCCGUUUGCGAUGAAGAUGAGUUCGGUUGUAUUUUGGAAACAGGUACCCUUGAAGAGACACAUGACCAAUUCCAUGCAAUGGAGGAUGAAAUUAAUAUCCAGUCUGAGAUUAAAGCUGAACCGGAUGAAGAUAAAGAUCCAUCAGUAUUGGCCAAAGGUGUUGACACUCCUGCGCAGGCGGAAUGUUACACUGAAAGUGAUCUAGAAGAUCUUUCCUAUAAGGACUCCAUCCACUACCGCAGUUUAUCCAAGAUCUCAGAGAAUGAGGUUGAUGUGAAAAAUAACUUACAGCGCUUGUCUGCUUCGACCUCCGAGCUCGAUAAGAAGCUGCCACAAGAUUAUUGCGUGAUUCAGGAGAUGCAGAACGAGAAUGUCAGCACAGAACAUGUGGAUUUCAGGAUGGCUCGUCAACAGUGGCAGAAAAUGGAGGAGCAAUGCAAAGCCCUGGAACAGCAGUCUACUGUAAAGCAGGGGGUACAAAGCAUCAUGUUUACACCAAUGCGCAAUUUGGAGAGGCCCAAGAAGGAUCCCGAUUCAGACAACUUAAGUCUUGGUGACUACCAGUAUACCCAGUUUAGCCCGUGUUCAGAUGACUCAGGCCUGGAUGAUACAAGUUACCGGACUCAUUACGAUGAGCCGGAGACUCCAGUCGAAAGGGAAAUCCGUGAGACUAUGGAGAGAGAGGAAUGUUUCAGACGAGAGAGGGCCUUAGCAAGACCAUCCUCUAGUGAACCUGUGCAGCAUAAACCAAGACCAGCAUCUCUGACGAUGGCUAAGUCAGACCUAGAGGAGAAAAAGGUCUAUAAUACCCGUGAAGACAGGUGCAGGUCACAGAGACCUUCCAGCACCACACCACCAUCUUUCUCUGUAACUGCUUCGCCAUCACCAAAACCGACCUAUCAUGAAAUGGUGGCCAACAACGUCAUCAUCCUGGAGCCGGAUUCGCAUCCCACAAACCAGAGGCAAAGGGGCAAAAAUUUGCUUUCUCCAGUCACUAAUAAGUUCCACGAGUGGCCCUCAGACUCCAGCAACGUCAUUAUACUGGAAACGUCUAAUCUCAUCAUCCGAAGCGCAUCCGAGUUCUGUUUGAGCAGUGCAUGCCAGGAGACCCAGGAGAGCACUUUUCACAACAACCCCUUCUUUAAACUGCGAUCACACAGCACACUAUCUUUGGUGGACCAGGAGAUUAAAGAGGUGAAGCAGCGAGAUGAAGAAUUCCGGAGACAGAGGGCGCAGUUGUACACCAAAGAGAAGUAUGAUACAAUUCUGGUGUCUCCUAACUCACUGCAGAAUUUCAUCUACGACAAGCCAGGGGGUUUGCCAGCGAAAUGUAAGUCCUCCCCAUCCUCCCCUUUAAAGGCACGCAAAAUGGACCGUUCCGCUUUAUCCUGCGAUCAAAAACAGUUUUACGGGUGAAACUCUUUCCUUUAGUUCCCUGAUGCACCUUAUACCAGAGUGCGAAGGAAAAGCGCCCUCAUUCAGAGAUGGGAAGCAGCGAUGCAGGCCAAUCAACAACACCACAUGUGAACAACUAUACUGCCAAUAAAGAGUUUUUAAACACUUAUACAUAUUUUAAUCUUCUUACAUAAGAUUGAAGUUAAAUAUUUAAAACAUCAGAAAAAUAUGUUUCAUUUUUUGAUUAAAAAUUAUAUUUGCAUUUCUUUUCAUUUUCAAGCUCCAGUUUUAGUCAUUUGUCUGUUUAACUCAGUUCACUUUCAAGUAUGAUGAAAAAUUAUAAAGCUUCUAGUGGAUUUAUUUUCUUUUUUUAAAUUGAUUAUGCAUUUAUUUAAAGUUUUAUUGAUCUAUUCCAUUAUGCCAUGUUUUUUUGUUUUUUUUUAAUGAAGGUAAGUAACAAAUUAAAGGAUUUGUUUUUAUUUGUUUUAAAAUAUAUAAGAUAUUUUCCUACUCUGUUAAAUCCUCGGUAGAUGUAUAAAUAUGGCAUGACACAAUUUAUAACAUCAUUUACAAGAGGCUGCAUUCUGAAAUGACUAUAUAACAAAGGAGAAAGACACACUUAUGACCAUUUUCAGCUGUUCCUCAUAUAAACUUCUUUUUAUUAAUAAGCAAUGUGAAUCUAUAGAAUCUUGUUUAGCUUCUAGCCUAGUUAUUUACACAGUGAUUUCACUUUUUAAAGUUAUUUAUUAUAUGACAAUUUAUUUCAAGAGAACAUAUAAGUACAAGCACAUACCCUUAGCGGAUGAAAUAAAGCACAGAAUAUUUAAUAAAUCCUCAAUGCAAGCUCUGUAGUAACUUCACACUUUUUUUAAACGUCGUUCUCAGUCUUUAUUACUAUAAAUUCAAUAUAUUACUAAUAAUUGCACUGUUUUGCUUGGUGAAUAUUUUGCACACUGAUGCUCUCAGCAGGUAUUUUUGCUUGAUUCAUAUUGCAUAAUUUAUUCUUGUGAGCAAAUUAUGACUGAGUCAGUAGUAUAUGUUUAUUAAUGGUUGUGUGGAUGGUUGCAUAACUGUUUUAUUCUUCUCUCUUCCUAUAAGCUUUCCUAUUGAAUUCUCCUUGAAUAAAGGAAUAUAAGUUACCUAAA